AUGUCUGUCAUCCGGGGGUUUUAUGCAAAUUUCAGCCCAAUAUACUUCAGCAGUGGUUUAAGAUCAUGUUUCACAAAACAGAAUAUAAUUGGAUUUAUUUUAUUUAUUUUAGGAUUAGACCAAGAGUUGCUUAAAUCUAAGUCAAUACAACAACAACGAUUUUAUCUAGCAUCAUUGUGUCUUGCUGGUGAUUAUUCUGAUAGUAUGCAAUUGAUUCAAAUAUUGACUACUUUAGGAUCACAUCUUCGUAAAUUACGUGUUGAUUUUCGUUGUCUUUUAAAUCUUAUUAUUCAUGUUGAAAAUAAUGAUCGAUUAAAACGUGUAAUGUUGCAUAGAUAUCUUGUUUAUCUUGAACUCGACACGAUCUAUGAAUCAGUAGUUGAUUCAGGAGAUUUUCGUCAUGUUAUUGCGUUUUUGUUUGACAACAGUACUAGUCUAAAACACGUAACACUUUUAUCAAUGUGGUAUCUUAAGAUAUUUGAGUCAAUUGAAGACAUGCAAUUAUUAACAGAAAUCUUAUCUUCAUUCAAACUUUGUACACAAAUUAUAUCAAUUGUGAUCUAUCAUUGUAUAUUCUCAAAUUAG